AUGAUUCGACGAGCCAAUAUCAAGCCACACCAUUCCCCUGCUGGUGGUCGCAGCGGCAGACAAAAGGCAUUUGGAGUGGAUUCCUCUUCUGGUCUGGCGAAGUUUCAGAAAAGGAUCAGUGCUUCUAUGAUUCAGAGGAUCCUUAUCUGUCUCUCUGUUGCCAUACUUGCCAUAUUGGGAAUUCGACGUUUGACCAAAGUCCCUGUCCCGACUACUAGAUACCCCUACCAACCGGCACUUCGAAACCAAAAACAAUCAAACAAGGAUGUGGAUGUUCCAGAACUUAAAUACAUCAUUCCACAAGAGUUGGUACGAAAGGGACAGAUACCCCUUAGUACACGAGAUUACAGUAACGAACUCAUUUCAAUCACUGACAAGAAUGGAAUACAGCAAGAGAGUUACAUCAGUCUGGAAGCCUUUCGAGAAUAUGGAGAUGAAAUACGGCUACUGAUGCAAAUGGGAGGAGAGGUGCUGUCCCUCAAUAAUAUGAAUGAGGACAACAAGAGCCAACUGGCGUUUCGAAAACGAUUCCAUGCCAGAGCUCCUUGGUUGAAAGGGAAUCCACUCAUAGAUCCUGACUGGCCAAUGUCUACACUUCCAAAGCCAAUACCCAACUCCAAAGCAAUUAUGAUUUGUGCUGGUAAUCCGCAACUGGCAUAUCUCAAGACUCUGGUACACUCCAUAAGAGUGAUUCACAAUUCACAGAUUCCAAUCCGAAUUGUCUUUCGGGAUGAAAAGGAUUUGACACCCAAGUCUAGGCAGGUAAUAUUGGACUCAUUGCCUGAGCAACAACAGAGUGCCCACAACAUACAAUUUGUGGACCUGAGUCAAUGGUUCAAUUUGGAUGCCGCCCAGUUAAAAGCUGGAUGGAACCUGAAACCCUUUGGGCUGCUGGCUGUGGCAGAAACACAAGUUGUUUCCCUCGAUGUUGAUGUUCUUCUUUUACAACCACCUGAGGCAUUGUUUUUAUUGCAAGGGUAUCAACAAACAGGAGCAUUGUUUUUCCAUGAUCGCCUGUAUCUGAACUACAAAGGCUUCUAUGAUCCAGGGGUGCUGGCCGCAGCAUUGCAACCCAACCUUUCCAAAACAGCACAAGACAUCAUUCAUUAUGGCAAGACAGAUUAUAUUGCAGAACAUGUCAUGGAGGCUGGCUUGACAAUGCUGGAUAAGAGUCGGCGAAUGCUGGGAGUUUGGGCCAUUUGUCUGCUCAUGGGACGCACCGAUUUUCGACGAUACACACAAGCAUUCUACAUUUAUGGGGACAAGGAGUUGUACUGGAUUGGAUUGGAGAUUGUUUCGGAACCAUACGCAUUGGCUAAGUACUUUCCAGGGGCAUAUGGGAGCCUUCUAACCAAAUUUGAUCUUGGUCUUUCCGAUGUUUUCGUUUAUCCCGAAGACGAUGAGACCAAAAUUGCCAAGGAGCUGGAACGAGCGCAAAAAGACGACCGUUUUGCUCUUUGCGGAAGAAUGGUUCAUUUUGAUGACACAGGAAGACCAUUGUGGUCGAAUGGAGGAUAUUUUACCGAAGAAGAUGAGGAUUGGGCCAGUCCCAGCAAGUGGAUCGAACAGCCCUUGAAUCCAAUCUGGUACGUUGAUGGUGGUCUCUGGACUGAGGAAGAAUUUCUCCCCAGUGUACCUGAACCUCCUGCACAGCCAAACUGGUUACAAUCAUGGUACACCUUGCCACACAAUCCUGAUGCCUUUGAUACGCUGCAGCAUGCUCAUAACGACUGGGAUGAAGCGUUGAAGAAGAAAACUCGUCUCAAUCAGCAUUGGAUAUCUCAUGGAAGGAGGCGCGUCAUGUGCUUGUUGCCGAAUGCUAGAGGGAUUCGUUCAGUUCCCAAAGACGUAUCCAUGUGGGGAUUGAAGGCUGUUCAAAGAUUCUUCUUGGUGGAUGUGCAAAAGAAAGAGUAUGAAAAAUUUGCAUCUCUCUGGAACUGA